CCGCCCGCCGCCGGGACUGACGCUCCGCUGCUUCACUUAGCGGAAUAAUAACGGUGAGAAUCGGUGCCCGGUCCGCUCCGCCGCCCAGCAGGCCUCCGUCUCCUCCGUGACUCCAUGCGAUUCUUCAGACUCACAUUCAAGUGUUUCGUGGAUUGUUUUUGAAGGUCGCGGUCCGGUUCCGGUGCUUCUCCUUUUUUCUGUUUUUUUAUUUUCUCGGUUUUUGUUUUUAGAAUUUUUUCCCGGUUUGGAGAAGAAAUGUCUCCAGAUUCCUCCUAAGACUGGUUUGUGUUUUCUGCCUUUUCCGAUCUGAAUUCAUUCGAGUGGAACCAAGUGGACUGAGAUUAGAGAACCGAGCCGAACCUGCCGCUCCGACUGGUUCUGAGAACACAAGGUGAGACCUGGAGGACCGAACCAGAGCAGGAGUCAGGUUUACAGGGACUGAAGCUGAACUUUAGAUACUGACCGACUGGACCGGUCCGUUACUGGUUGUGAACUGGGUUCUGACUGGUUCUGAACACAAACUUGAAGGACUUUGAGGGAAUUUAGGCAGACAGAGAACUGGGGACCCUGUCAGACCGGCUGGUUCCAGACUUGUAGCUGACUGGUUCUGCCCUGGUUCCUGGUUCUGGACGGGUUCUGACUGGUUCUGAAACAUAAACAAGACACAAACUUGAAGGACUUUGAGGGAAUUUAGACAGACGGAGAACUUGGGACCCUGUUAGACCGACUGGUUCCUGGUUCUUCACUGGUUCCUGCUGGUUCCAGAUUUGUGCCUGACCGGUUCUUCCCUGGUGCCUGGUUCUGGACGGGUUCCUGAUGGAGAAGCAGGCCCUGCCGGCGUCGUCCUGCUCGCUGGUUCUCCUGGAGGAGACCAAGAAGAGCCCCCUCCUGCUGUCCAACGGCGGCGGCGGCGGCGGCGGCGGCGGCGGCUACCCUCCUGCGGCCGCUAACGGCGGCCUGGCGUCGGGGUCCGGAGGCGUGGUGGUCGGUGCUGCCGGACCGGACAAGAAAGGGGGCGUGGCCACGGGGGCGGGGCCUGGAUACCAGGAGCGGGAAACAUGGACCCGGCAGAUGGACUUCAUCAUGUCCUGCGUGGGCUUCGCAGUCGGACUCGGGAACGUGUGGAGGUUCCCCUACCUGUGCUACAAGAACGGAGGAGGCGUCUUCCUGAUCCCCUACCUGCUGAUCGUGUUCGUCGGAGGAAUCCCCAUCUUCUUCCUGGAGAUCGCUCUGGGCCAGUUCAUGAAGGCCGGAAGCAUCAACGUGUGGAACAUCGCGCCGCUGUUCAAAGGUCUGGGCUACGCCUCCAUGGUGAUCGUGUUCUUCUGCAACACCUACUACAUCAUGGUUCUGGCCUGGGGCUUCUACUACCUGAUCAAGUCCUUCAGCUCCACGCUGCCCUGGUCGUCCUGCGACAACGACUGGAACACGCCGAGCUGCAUCGAGAUCUUCCACCACCAGGACUGCAAGAACGCCAGCCUGGCCAACACCACCGUCGGCAGCAGCAACAUGACCUGCGCCGAGCUGGCCGACGCCCGCUCGCCCAUCAUCGAGUUCUGGGAGAACAAAGUUCUGAACAUCUCGUCGGGUUUGGACGAACCUGGAAACCUGAACUGGGAGCUCAUGUUGUGUCUGAUGGCCGUCUGGGUUCUGGUUUAUUUCUGCGUCUGGAAGGGAGUGAAGUCCACCGGGAAGAUCGUGUACUUCACGGCGACCUUCCCCUACGUGGUCCUCAUCAUCCUGCUGGUCCGAGGAGUCACGCUUCCUGGAGCCUACGACGGCAUCAUGUACUACGUCAAACCCGAUUGGUCCAAACUGGGGGAGGCUCAGGUUUGGAUCGAUGCCGGCACUCAGAUCUUCUUCUCGUACGCCAUCGGCCUCGGAGCUCUGACCGCUCUGGGCAGCUACAACCGCUUCAACAACGACUGCUACAAGUACUUUGUCGGCGUCGAGGGGUUCGUCACUGGGAUCCUGGAUCUGUUUCCUGGAAAAUACUACCAUCGCUACAAAAGGGAGAUCGCCGUGGCGAUCUGCUGUUUACUGUGCUUCAUUAUUGACCUCUCCAUGGUGACACAGGGAGGGAUGUACGUCUUCCAACUGUUUGACUACUAUUCGGCCAGUGGAAUGACUCUGUUGUGGCAAGCAUUCUGGGAAUGCAUAGUAGUUGCCUGGGUCUACGGUGCUGACCGCUUCAUGGAUGAUGUAGCUCGUAUGAUUGGCUACCGGCCGUUCCCCUGGAUGAAGUGGUGCUGGUCCUUCAUCACUCCAUGUGUCUGCAUGGGCAUCUUUCUGUUCCACCUGGUGAACUACAAGCCGCUGACCUACAACAACGUGUACGUCUACCCGUGGUGGGGGGAGGUGAUCGGCUGGUGUUUGGCUCUGUCUUCCAUGCUCUGCAUUCCUGUCAGCCUUCUCUACAAACUCUUCAGAGCCAAGGGAACCUUCAAGGAGCGCUGGGCCCACCUGACCACGCCGGUGUGGGGCGCCCAUCACCUGGAGUACAUGGCCCCCGACAUCAAGUCCCUGAGCUCCCUGUCGCCCGGCACUGACGACAACAAGGUCAUCAUCUUCGAGAGCGUCAUGUAGGCCAGACUCCAUCCGUCCCACCUCGACAAGUUGGCCAACACUACCAGGCUCCAACAGGUCACCAUGGGAUCCAUUGAUUGGUUCAUCGUCACCAUGGUGACCAAAGCUGCAGAUGUUUUUAUACCUACGAAAGAAAUCAUGGAAUAAAGGAAUGAGGCGGCUCCUCCAGAACAAGAAAUGCUUCCUUCAUCCCACAAGAUUUGUGAUUCAACCUGUUGAUUUAUGGGUUCUUUAACUGUACAGUGCUUCGAUUUCUGGAAAUGGAAAUCUUAUUGACUAAUCAAAGGAUUAAAUGUGGUUAAUCCUAAAUUUUUCACAAACCCUGGAGGGGCUGAAGAAGUCUCACUGUGUUCAAAGGGAAGUCAGAGGUUGGGCUUCCUCCAUAUUGGACGAAGGGUAUCGAUGCAAUCUUGUCUUGGGGUGGGCGGGCUGAACAUGCAAACAUUAGGAACCUGAUGAACAGCCGUUACUCACCGAUCCAUCACCUCAUCAUUAACAAAGGGACUGGUGCUCGCAGAUUCUUUCUUUUAGCUGAUAUUUGGCGACAUCUGAGCUCAGAUGGUUAAAUUUAAACCAAUAACGGUGAGUAACGGCUGUUUGUGAAGACAGACAGAGUUCUAGACAGACAGACUGACUGAAUUUAAAAUGCUAGCAGAGGUCAUUUGCUCCGUAACGCUUUGAUCUUCAGUCCUGCAGCCAAACAUUCAACAACUGCCAGUUUAAUUUGUGGAAUAAAAACCUCCAUCUUAGUUACUAGGACGCUUUUAGUGACAAAAGUGUCUCUUGCACAUUUUUUGAUCCCCGAAGAACCUCCGAAGACAUGAAAAAAAGAGUUUGGCAGCAGGACUGAAGGUUCAAAGGAGGUAAAACUCACCGUUACGUAGCAACCAGCGGUCCAUGAACUCACCACGCUGCCAGGAAGCAGAACUGAAAACAUCUUUACGCCUGUAAACUAAAACUGACACUCGGUCCAGAUGUUUCUUGGUUUCGACAUAUCUUCAUAAGUUCCAAAGCGAAAUACUGUGAAUCACCAGCUGAUGGAAACCAGUUCUGUUCCUGAGCACCGUCAUGGUUCUGCUGACCUCCGAUCUGUUUGAUUCACUCAGGCGACGAUAGAUCUGAUGCUCGAAGGACGGUUUCAACGGUUAUUCAGUCGUAUCUCUAAAAGCCUGCGUGAGAAUCAGGUCAGCUUCGCUCUGCGUCCCCCGGGUCGAGUCAAAGUGCCAAACGUGGGGUGAUCCCAGGCGAUUCCAGGGCUGAACCCAGGCAAUCCCAGGGCUGAUCCCAGGCGAUUCCAGGGCUGAACCCAGGCGAUUCCAGGGCUCCAGGCUGCCAAUUCUCACUCUUCUCUGCCUCGUCUCGUCGGUCUCACCGUCGCUGUCGUCCUCCGGCCGAAUGUCGCCUCUGCCUCCUGAACCCGGCGUCUCUCAUGUUUGAAAACACGAUUUAGGACAGUAAGGUUGACGCUCUGAAGUCUUGCACCUCUGUGGAAACAGCACAACCAUGACGGGAUGUCUUCUGUGCAGCUUUAAAACAGUUGGCAGUAUGACAGGAUUUCUAGAUAAAUUUUUUAUUGAGUAUUUGUUUUUAAAAAAAUGGAAAGAAUCUGGAAUCAACAUGCCCAUUAUUUUUCAGUUGUUACCAACCCUGGAACAACGUUUGGCGACUCCACAUCUAUGAAAUGAUAUUUUACAUACA